UUCAUUAACCACUGAGCCACGAUGGGAACUCCUACACUUUGAAAUUUUUUAAAAUCUCAUUUUGGAAGAAAAUCAUUUUAAAACGUUACGCUCAUCUUCAGCACAUCUGCAGUGUAAUAUAAAUCUUUCAGGACAGCUGAGGAUGAUUCAUAGAAACCAAAGGGCUCUGCAGCAGUGUUUUCAGAAGCUGUAAGAGUCAGGGAAGCUUAUCUGCCUUAAUGCCAAAUGACCUUAGACCACUUUUUAUUUUAUUUUUUGACAGGCAAGAAAGAGAAUUAAGAUGCCUGUGAGAGAUGCAAGCGGGCAGGCAAGAAGACUCUGCCAAGACCACUUUUAAAAUGAUUAUGACUGCUUUAAAAGUUUUCUGUGAUGUUGCUUCCCUUUCUCUGAAGCUAUCAGAAGUCACUAGCUGCUCUAAAUGUGCUUCUAAUCUUCGAGCACAAGAACACACAUGGACACAUCAAAAUUAUACAUAAAGUCAGGAUAAAUAGGCUGUGAUAGAGUCUGUGCAAUGGGUGAAGUGCAUGUGGAUUGAAGCUAAGAGUUCUUUCUGCUCCCUCUAGACCCCCUGAUGUUGCCCUGUCGUUGACCUCCACAUAAAUGAAGUGUCACUCUGCUUGUUAUCCCAAGAUCACUCCCUGCUUCUUUGAUUGGAAAAGUCCACUGACAACCACAAUAUAGAUCGUUCCCAAUAAUAGGAGUCACUGGGGACAUUUAAGACAAGGAAACCAGCAUAGCGUAGAGAUGAAAAACAGUCUUUGGCAUGGGUGGGAAGCCUGGUGUCCCCACUUUCCAGCUGCAUGAUUGAUUUGGGGGACAGGCCAAUCACCUACCACUCUGAGCCUCAGGAUCAGGAGGAUGAAAGAAGAUAAUGCAGGAAGGUGCUUAGCACAGCGCUUGGCAAAAAUGGAGUAAGAAGGGGGCCAGGAAGUUGGAAUGUGCAUUUGGGUGUUUGUGGGUAUCAGGAAGGAAGACAAGACUGCAAGCCUGAAGCAAAGGGGACCAGGCAGAAAAGGAGCAGUAAAGGAGCCCGGCCGGUGUUGUAUACUUGCCGUUACUUGCCCAGUGUGGCUCAGAGGGCCUGGGGCUGCUCUUGAGUGCCUGCCGAGGGGAGCCGGAACUCCCCACCUCCACUUGAGACUGGGAAGUUUUUCGAGAGGGUUAGCUGUCCCUCCCCCCUUUUCGUGCUCUGAUUAACACAAGGUUGGCCUGGCAGGGAGAGGGAAAUGGUAGGAUGUACUACAGUGAUUUGUACCCACUGGAACCUAGUAAAGAAAAUGAAGCUGCCCAAAGCAGCCAUGUCUCCUUAAAGCCCCCAUCUGCCUAGGGGCUGGGCUGGGAAACCAGUGAUUUUGUGGGUCUUAGCCCAGAAGGGCUGGUAUCAGGAAAGAGAGGAUGGCAGGGAAGCUUAGUAGCAGGGUGGCUGUCCUCCUGCCCCUGUUUCUUUUGGUUUCUGCCUCUAGCGCCUCCAUUUAGCCACUGAGCACUCACUCUGGGUUGGACACUGGGCCAGGGGGCUGGGAUACGAGACAAAUAACACAGAGCCCUGGCUCCUGGAGAAAGACCUCCUGAGCCCUGGGUCCUGGCCUCCUGCCAUCCUCCUUAUCCACUGAUCCCUUCUCCACUUCUCUGAACCCCUGUCUCUUCUGCACCUCUGACUCUGUGCUGUUCACAUCUUAACCAGACUCUGCAGUGGGUGUGCUCCCAGAGGGAAGCUACACAAAGGAAGGGGGGGGGGACGGGAAAGGAGGGAAUCCCGCUGACAUCAUGCUCAUUAGCAUGUGUGACUUCAUCAGGGGGCGGGGUUAUUUCCCCAGGUGUCUAGGGGGAGGGCUUGGGGGUGGUAUUUAAAGGGAAAAGCUGACAGUGCUACUGAGUGAGGGAGCGGGUGCUGCCAGCCACCAGGCUGCACACACCGUCAAUGCACACGAUGCACACGGAUCUCGACACCGACAUGGACACAGACACAGAAACCACAGCACUCUGCCCCUCCGGCAGGCACCGGGCCUCCCCGCCAGAAACGCCCACACCAGAAGCAGAUGUCACACUGCUGAAGAAGCCAGAGAAACUGUUGGCAGGGUUGGACCGAGGCGGGGCACCCCCUGCUCUGGGAGCCCCCAGACGAAGAGGCAGUAUGCCUGUCCCCUACAAGCACCAGCUGCGGCGGGCCCAGGCUGUAGAUGAACUUGACUGGCCACCUCAAGCCUCAUCCUCGGGCUCCUCUGACUCCCUGGGCUCAGGGGAAGCAGCCCCCAUCCAAGACAAUGGCAUUUUCAAGGUCAUGCUGGUGGGGGAGAGUGGCGUGGGCAAGAGCACCCUAGCAGGCACUUUCGGUGGUCUCCAGGGAGACAGUGCGCAUGAGCCAGAGAAUCCAGAGGACACCUAUGAGAGACGCAUCAUGGUGGAUAAGGAGGAAGUGACUCUAGUUGUUUAUGACAUCUGGGAACAGGGGGAUGCUGGGGGGUGGCUACAGGACCACUGCCUUCAGACGGGGGAUGCCUUUCUCAUCGUCUUCUCAGUCACCGACCGACGAAGCUUCUCCAAAGUUCCAGAGACCCUACUACGGCUCAGGGCUGGGAGGCCCCACCACGACCUGCCUGUCAUCCUCGUUGGAAACAAGAGUGACCUGGCGCGAUCCCGGGAGGUGUCACUGGAGGAGGGCCGCCAUCUGGCAGGGACACUGAGCUGCAAGCACAUCGAGACGUCGGCCGCGUUGCACCACAACACGCAGGAGCUCUUCGAGGGUGCAGUGCGCCAGAUCCGGCUGCGGCGGGGCCGGAACCGCACCGGAGGCCCAAGGCCCGAGUGGGGCGGCCCCGAGGGCCCCGCGCCGCCCGCGCGCCGCGAGAGCCUCACCAAGAAGGCCAAGCGCUUCCUUGCCAACUUGGUGCCGCGCAACGCCAAGUUCUUCAAGCAGCGCUCCAGGUCGUGUCACGACCUCUCCGUGCUCUGAGCCGCGGUCGCCAUGGUCACCGCGGUCGCCAUGGUCACGGAGCUCUCAGCUCGCCCCCCUCGCCCCGCCCCGCCCCCUCCGGCUUCCUUUGUGAAGACCGUCUAGGAAACCAAAAAUUCCCCGGACGCCCUGGUACGACCCCGGGAGGCGGGACCCACCUCACCCCCCUAGCCCCUAGACGCCAGCGGGCGUCGCCCCAACCGCUCCCCGCGCUCUCGCAUUACCUUCGGGCCCCAGGGCUCCAGGAAGGCAAGGACGACGCGGACCCGCGGGGGGCGUGCCGCAGCCGAUGGGCGGGGCGGGUUCAGGAGGGCGGGGAAGAAAGUAGUUCUGCCAGGUAUUCUGUUUUUUAUUAAUUCGCGCUUGACCACCUUUCCUGUAAAGAGAUGCUAAAAGCAAGAACUAGAAAAGUGCUUUGUAGACUCCUAUACAGUUUUCCACCUUUGUACUCUGCGCGAAUACGCCUCAACUUUUAAGAGAUUCUUAAAGGUAAAGACACAGAGCCGCGUCUUUUGAGACUUUCCUAAAGCGCCCUGGCUCUAAUCUGCUGCACUUGUCCACUUUGCCUUUAAGAAGUUCUUAAAGGCAAGGGCCUGGAAGCCCUGUUCUUCGGAAUUGAUUCUGGAAUUUACCGUUACACCAUGGCACUUCCCCUUUAAGGUUAUUAAAGGUAGGUGUGCACAAACUUUUGCCUUCAGGUGCCAGCGUGAAGAGCUGAGCGGUGGCUACUCCCCUUUGGCCAGAGCCCGGGAGGCACUAGCAAGGGGGCCACUCUUCCCUUUUCAAUAAAGAAUUUUUCUACUGUA